UCGGGUCCGUCUUACCAGUUGGUAUACACCCAAGCGAUGUUCUCGAAUUUGGAACCGCUACAUGAUAACUUUUAUCUGAUCCCUUUCCGCGUGGCUAUCGACCGGUUCAUGGUGUACUCGCCAUCACUCCUCCAUCAUGGCUAACGGCGUUGCUCCAGAGGCUGUAAUUCCCAUCGAGGCUACCCUCAUGGCCUUGGCCAUAUUCUUGGCCUCCGGUCGACUGGUUCCCCGGCUUCUACAACGGCAGUGUCCCACUGUUAGCGACAGUCUUCUGAUAGCAUCUAUUCUUGACGCCAUUGGCCUUUUCGUCACCGACUACUUGACGUACAUAUGGGGAGGCAUGACGGACGAUACCGAUGCAUCAACAGCUCGUGUGAUCGCGCUCAAGAAGGUACAAUUCGCCGGCAACGCAUUCUACGACACUGGUAUCUACUGGCCAAAGUUGGCAAUUCUCGCCCUAUACUUCAGACUCAUUCCUCCGACGAUGCCGUGGUUGCGAAAAGCACUUUAUGCAGUGACAUUGUUCACGGCAAGUGCCAUGGUAUCGACAUUCUUCCUCGAUACUUUCUGGUGCGGGCGCCAGGUCUCUUCGAAUUGGUCUCCCGAUGAGGGAGCCUGUAAUACCUUUAGCUCCAAAGAGGUUUUCAGGAUCGACUGGAGCCUCAACAUUACAUCAGACGUGUUUAUCUUCGCGUUACCAUUCCCCCUACUUCGUUCACUACAGCUCCGUCGUCGCCAAAUUUGGGGUCUUGUUGCGACAUUCUCACUUGGUAUAGUUACGAUAGCAAUGAGUGUGCUUCGGUUCGCAACGAUAGAGGUCAUUUAUGCUUGGACCAACGUCUUCGUCCUCUCCAUGACCGAAAUGGCUGUCGCCAUCAUGGUAGUCUCAUUACCGUCAAUGAGAUCCUUCCUGCGACGCGGCAGCCUAUUCUCAUCGAACAAGAAAUCACAUUCUUCGGAGUCUCGCACAUAUGGACAUCAAACACCAGCAUCCGGGUCGCACAACUUCCUGCGUCCUUCCAGAAGAGGCAAGCACACCGUCCGCGUGCAUACGGAUGAAGACUCAGGCAGCGAAGUAGAGUUGAACACCAUGUCAAGGAAAGAUGUCAUCUACGAGACGCGCCGCGUUAGCGUGCAAUAUUCAAAGUCGCAUGAUGAGGAACACGACAUUCCUGCUAAGUACCCAUGAGUAUGGUUCAGGAAUCAUUUCCACAGCGAUGUAGCUAGUAGCAGUGAAGGCAAAAGGAAUUGGAAGGAUCGGCCAAGGUCUUUCUGUACGAGAAUUAGCAGCCGGUUCAUCUCAACAUUGAAGUGUUACUUAAUAGACCCUUGACGUUGGGCUGACCACUCGCAUCAACCCGGAAUGAUCGCGCUACCAUCCCGCCCACAGCGGUCCGCACACGCCACGAAAAACGCUGCCGAGCGGUAUGUUCU